GAAACUCUGUUCUACGCAUUAUCUACGCCGCCAAGUAAAUGUCAAAUUGUGUUGUGAUCGUACGUUAAAUCUUAAUUAAUAGGUUAUGUGCGCAAGAAAUCGUUAGAUUGAUUCUUUCUGUUAAUGGUUUUAGUUGAUUCUCAUUGUAAAUCACGACAAUUUUUGUUAUUUUGUUUUCUUGCCGUAUUUAAUGCUUGUAUUUAAUAAACUACAACUAUAAUUCAAUAAAAAAUGUCCAUCAUAAAUCGAAUGAGUAUUCAGGGUGUUCGGAGCUUUGGUACAGACCCUGGUGAUGAACAGCUAGUCAAAUUUGAAAGCCCUUUGACAUUAAUUUUGGGUGAAAAUGGUUGUGGAAAAACCACUAUCAUUGAAUGUAUUAAGUAUGCACUCACUGGAGAAUUGCCUCCCGGUUCUGAUAAAGGAGUCAAUUUUGGUCAUAAUCCAAAAAUCAACAAAUCGGCUAUAACACAAAGUCAAGUUAAAAUGAAAUUGAUUGAUCCGAUAACUAAUAGAGUUUUAGUGAUCACUAGAAGCUUUCAAUUAACACAAGAAAAAAGUAAAAUGACUUUUAAAAGUAAAGAUGUUGCAUUACAUUGGGAAGACAAAAAUGGACAGAAAGGUUCUAUAUCAGGUCGUUGUGUUGAUGUAAAUACAGAAAUGAUUGCAGCUAUGGGUGUUUCUAAGCCUAUUUUAAAUGAUGUAUUAUUUUGUCACCAAGAAGAUUCUUAUUGGCCUUUGGAUGAAGGAAAGAAAUUAAAAGAGAAAUUUGAUGCUAUUUUUGAUGCAACGAAAUAUAAUAAAUGCAUGGAUAUAUUACUGAAAAUAAGAAAAGCCAAAGAAGCAACCACUAAAAGUGCAGAAAAAGAUGUGGCUCACUAUAAAUACAUAAAAGAUGAAACAACUUCUAAACGAGCUUUGUUGAAAGAGACUGAAACUAAAUAUCAUGAUUGCACUGAAAAUGUAGUCAAGCAUCAAGAAAAACUCAUACCAAUCGAAGAUAGACUUAAACAAAUUAAUGCAGUGGAAAAUAAUAUAAUCGCCUUAAAAACUGAACAAAAGUCUAUAGAAAUAAACUUAUCAAAUUGUAAGCAACAACAAGAAGAGUUACUUAAUAAUAUCAAAGAAGUGUAUCAUGGUGAUAUAGACAGUUUACAAAAAAAAAUAGAAUCUUUCCAAAAAACAUUAGACACUAAAAAGAUGAAUUUGGAAUCAGCUACAACUCGAUUGAAUAAAGUAGAAGCAAAGGAAAUUGAAUGUAAUAAACAAAUUACUGUAGCUGAGGUUCGAAAAGGCGAAUUGAUUUCUUUGCGUAGCCAAGAACAAGAGCUCUUAGCCAAUCGCAAUUCUAAAUUAAGCAGAAUGGCUGCUGAGACAGAUUCUCAAGUCGAAGAAAUAGAUGAUUCAAAGGAAGACGUUCAUGAUACAAUGAAUUCUGUAAAACAUAGAAUAACACGCAUGCAACAUGAACUAGAACAAAUAAGUUAUAAUGUUGACAGAGAGGAUAGUAAACAUCAAGAAAAAUUAAAUAAAUUGAGAGAUAAUCAGGCGGCUUUAAGAAACGAAAUUAAAUCAAAGUCAUCACAAAUGGAUAAUGUUGAAAAAGAAGCAGAUUCUAUCAAAAAGCAGUUAGAUGAAAUUGAUAAGUCAGCAAAUAAACUUAAAGAAAUAGCAAGUAAAAUUGAAAUUGUUAACAGAGAGCAGCAAAAGCUAGUGGAACAAUGUGAUGUGGAUGAAUUAAAAUCUGAAAUGGCUAAGAAAAUAAAUACCAGAAAGUCAUUGGAAACAGACCUUGAUAAAAUCGACCAAGAGCUGCGUGAACUUCAGAAGCAUAGUGGAAUUCGAGCUGAGUUGGACAUUCAAACACAACAAUUAUCAGAUAAAAAUAAUGAAAUAAAAAAGAUUAAAAAUAAGUACUCAGAUGCU